GAGAAACAAUCCAAUCCAAAAGUCAUUCGAGUCGUCGUUCGUUGUCUCGCUUGUCUCGUCCGUCGUUUUUUGCGUGUGCAUAAUUUUGCCGAGUUUGCUGUGCCGUCCCAAGUUCCUUGUCCACAAACCUGGCCGCCUGGCCCGCGUACCCAUGGCACGUUUAUUAAGCCCACUGGCCGUUCUAUCAGGGAAGAGGUAAUCGUGGUGAGCGUAGUUCAUCAGUAGGGGCUACCAUCUCGGCACCGGCCGCCGGACGGCUAGUGCGGAACAGUGCGGAACCCUGCACCAAUAUGGCAGAGUUUCUGCUGGAGCGGGAACUGCCCAAUCUGAAAGUGGCCGUGGACAACGACGAUUGCAUGGACAUGGACGAAAGCAGGACGGGGCGCGACUCACCACCGGCAGAGCAGCAGCAGACCGAGGUGGCCGCCAAGGACGCCGCCGGCGACGAGAUGGCCGCCGAAGACGCGGAUGAUCCGGAAGACGACCCUGCCUUUGCAGCCCAGCUGCAAGAACUCUACCAGAGUCUCAAGGUGGAUGCCAAGCGUCCGGCAGGGACACGGCUGAACACGCUGCACGUGCGGGGCGUAAGCAACAUGAGCACCGAGGACGUCGAGCACUUCUUCCGGGAAUACGGCCCCAGCUCCGUGGACUGGAUCAACGACCAUGCUUGCAACGUGGUGUGGCAGCGACCGAGAGACGCUGCACGUGCUCUCCUGGCCCUGAGCCGGCCCCUGCGCCUCAGGCGACGUCCCAAGGCACGGCCUCCGCCCCGGGAAGCCCCGGACCCGACUGGGCAAGAAGAGGAGGAGGUGGUGCUCAUGUCGGAGGAGGACCUGCCCGGGGAGGAGGAGGAGGAGGUGCUGGACGUCUCCGAGCUGGAGGUGCCCCUGCCCCCCGGCCAGUGGCGCAAGGCCACCCCCGACCACCCCAAGGCCAAAAUGCUGCUGCUACGCUUCUCCUCCAAGCACGACAGGAAGGGGCCCGGUGCAGAGAAGCAGAGCGAGUACUACCGCAAGUAUGGCAACCCCAACUACGGAGGCAUGACAGGACUCAUCAGCGGCUCCCGCAAGCGGCGCAUGCGGCGUGGUGCUGCCUCCAGGGAUCCUUCACACAGUGACGAUGAAAGCCACGGGGAGGCAGGCAGGGGCAGCGGCCAGCAGCGGGUUGCCAAGCGCAUGCGCAUGUACGCUGACGACGAGGAAGACAGGCUGCAGCGCAGGAAGCAGGCAACACUAAGCGACGCAGACUGGGCGCCCACCCCGUGGUCCUCGCCAGGGCGUUCCCCUCCGUCGGACGAGGAGCCCCGCUCCGGCACCGUAUGGGACCGGCUCUCCGGAGGACGCGCACUCGCGACGGAGCCCCGGCGCAGAAGCCCGCCACCCCCCCCGCAUCGCUCGCGCUACGUCGACCUGGAUGACCCCAGGCUCCGGGACGACUACGAUCCGGCCGAAGAGGACGAUGACUUCGGCUACGGCUACGGCUACGGCUACGACUAUGGGGAGAGGCCGCGCCGAGAGGCGGACCGCGAGGACUUUCCGGGACGGAGGUCGUCGUCUGGCGUGGGUACGGCGGGCACGGAUCUGAGAGCCAAGCUGGAGAAGCUGCGUCAGAGCCGCUCGCUGGCGUCGGAGCGGAAGACGAGGCCCCUGCGCAUCUCAGUGGCGAGGGACGCUGUCUGAAGUGUUUCGAGGGCCUUGCGGAGCAUCGUGCAGCGUCGCAUCGCAAAUUGACAUGCCGAGAGCUUUUGAGUGUCGGUUCGUCACACCUUGUAUAUCGUGGGACAGCCGGAGCCGAGUCUGGUUCGCCAAGAAACGCGACUCGGGGAGGGACGUUUGUCGCCGUCGAGCAAUUAAGGAGUUGAAAUUUUACGAGCAACAUGGGUUCUGCGUUAGAGGAACAGGUGCAGCGAAUGGGACGCGGCAUCUCAUUGGCAAUCUACGACACCUCGCGUCCAGUACGCAUUUCGCCGUGGGAUGUUAGAUUCGUCGCACUUUGAGCGUCGUCAGAUUUGCCCGCCGGAAAGGCUUUCAUCUAAUAGCACUGUGUAAAGAUGCCUGUGAGCCAAGUUGCAUUUCAUCCAUUGUGCGACUAAUGCAACCUAGUUUACGUACAAACAGUACUCUAAAACUCGCUGUACUUUGCGUUUAACGGUAAGCCAAGGGUGGCGAGGACCGUGCACAUGGCCGAGUUUUUUGCUCUGGAGAUUUGAAUUGUGUGCACAUGAAGACUGACAUUCGAAUUGGAACCUGUGACCAAAACCGUCACUGCUGGCUGAACGCUUCCAUUUUGCCUCGGUCUGUAUUCUGGUGGGCAUGUGUUUUUUAAGCCAUUGAGGUUCGCUUCCCAUUAGAGAACUGUUACAGUUGCGAUCUGAUGCCCAACGCAGUUCACAAGCUACUUACAACCGACAAUUGUGAACAUCGAAGCGUUGAUUCACUUUGCUCUAAUGGUGUACGAAUUCUUUGUGAACUCAAAUAUAGCAAUUAAAAGCAUCCAGACACGCUCUUGA